UCGUACUCCGGGACAGUCAAAUGCUGUUCAAUAAAUAUUCAAGGGAACCGACGGUCUUCGUUUACUGGCAUAAGCGUUAUGGUUUGGGAAAACUUUUAACUCGGGCAAAUAUACCAAACGGUGUCGUUUUUCGUCUGAAGCCCAAACAAGAAGUACCGAAGAACAUAGAGGAGAAGGCGAAGAUCGUAUUUGGAAGGACAGAAAAUAUGGGGGCAGAGGAAGAGAAAGUGCAGGAAAACGAGAAAUCGAGGCCAACACAAAACCCUAUGUCGCAGGCCCAGUUCCUGUCCUGGAAACGCCAGAAGGAUGCUGAUGUGUCAGCUAGAAGAGACGAAGCAGCUAGGAAACGUGUGGAGGACAUAGCAGCAGGGGCAGUGCAAAUGAAUGGCCGAGAGCUUUUCUUGCAUGAGCCAUGGGUCUUUGAUAAUACUCGUUAUUGAGGAGAAGAACCUGAAAAAUAUGAAAGUUAUGGCACCAGGGAGAGGACAAAGAGGGAUAUUUGAUCUGCACCACUAUAAAGGUGCUGGUCAGUUCGUACUAUAAUUGAUUAUAUUGUAAUGCUAGUAACAAUAGUUCUGCACAAUUUUCAGGACUGGUCUUUAUCUAUUUGAUAUGUUAAAAUGAGUUUAACAAAUCAUUGAUAAAGAAAUGAUCAACUGGGCUGUGACAUUCUAAAUAUAGCCUUAAAUUAUCGAGGACCAUUAAGAUGGUUUAGCAUUGUUUGCCUUUGAAGGUCAA